AUGAUACUGCAACAUUCAAGUCUAUCAAUGAUCAACGCUCAAGCAAGACUGCAACAUUCAAGUCUAUCGAUCAUCAACCCUCAAGCAAAACUGCAACAUUCAAGUCCAUCAAUGAUCAAUACUCUAGCAAGACUGCACCAUUCAAGUUUAUCAGACAAAGGUCGACUAAUGGACGGACUGAAGCAUGCCUCCACGAUGCUGGGUGAACUACGGACUUCACUGCUGUCUCCCAAAAGCUACUACGAAUGUUAUAUGGCCAUCUCUGAUGAGCUGCGGCACUUGGAGAUGUACCUGGUGGAUGAGUUUCAGAAGGGCAGGAAAGUGGCGGAUCUGUACGAGCUGGUUCAGUACGCUGGCAAUAUUGUACCCAGGCUAUACCUGCUGAUAACUGUUGGCACUGUGUACAUCAAGUCCAACGAACUGUCCCGCAAGGAUAUCCUCAAGGACCUGGUGGAGAUGUGCCGUGGUGUGCAGCAUCCUUUACGAGGCCUCUUUCUGAGGAACUACCUGCUGCAGUGUACUAAGAAUGUGCUGCCAGACAGUGUGGAGGAUCAGAGUAAUGAGAGUUCUGGUGGUGAAUCGGGUACAGUAAUGGAUUCGGUGGAUUUCAUUCAGCUCAACUUUGCUGAGAUGAACAAGUUGUGGGUGCGGAUGCAACACCAAGGCCACUCCCGAGACCGGGAGCGGAGGGAGAAUGAGAGACGGGAACUGAGGAUCCUGGUGGGCACCAACCUGGUCCGCCUGAGCCAGCUGGAGUGUAUUGAUGUGACCAAGUUCAAGCAGUAUGUGCUGCCUGGAGUCUUGGAACAAGUGGUCAAUUGUAAGGAUGCCAUUGCCCAGGAGUACCUCAUGGAGUGUAUCAUUCAGGUGUUCCCUGAUGAGUUCCAUCUACAGUCUCUGAGUUCCUUCCUGAGAGCUUGUGCUGAGCUGCAUCCCAAUGUCAACGUCAAGAACAUCAUCAUUGCAUUGAUAGAUAGGUUGGCUGCAUUUGCUCAGAAUGAGGAAGGUUCUGGUAUCCCUCCAGAGAUCCAACUGUUUGAUAUCUUCUCCCAGCAGAUCUCUCAAGUGAUCCAGAGUCGGCCAGACAUGCCUCCGGAGGACAUCGUCUCCCUGCAGGUGGCCCUCAUCAACCUGGCCCUCAAAUGUUACCCGGACAAGGUGGACUAUGUGGACAAAGUCCUGGAGACCACAGAGGACAUUUUCAACAGGCUCAACUUGGACCAUGUAGAGCACGGCAGCCCCGUGUCCAAGGAGCUGAUGAGACUGAUGAAGAUUCCUGUGGACACCUACAACAACAUCCUGACAGUGCUGGAGCUGCAGCACUUCGGCCCCUUGUUCGAGUACUUUGAUUACAAGGGCAGGCAACUCAUGAGCUCUCACAUUAUCACCAAUGCCCUGGAGAAUGAGACAUUGAUCCCCGCACAGGAAAAUGUGGACGCCAUCCUCAACAUUGUCAGCUGUAUGGUACAAGAUCAGAAUGAUCAGCCAGAGGAGCCAGACGAUCCCGAGGAUUUUGCUGAGGAGCAGGGACUCAUGGGCAGAUUCAUACAUUUGCUGCAGUCGGAGGACCCAAACCAACAGUUUCUGAUCUUGAACACAGCCAGGAAGCACUUUGGGGCUGGAGGGGACAAGAGGAUCAAGUUCACACUUCCGCCGAUCGUGUUUGCUGCCUACAGGCUGGCCUUCAGGUACAAGCUGCUGCAGGCCGAGGAUGACAACUGGGAGAAGAAAUGUCAGAAGAUCUUCCAGUUUUGCCAUCAGACAAUUGGAGCUCUGAUUAAAGCAGAGCAGGCAGAGAUUCCACUUCGGCUGUUUCUACAAGGUGCACUGGUGGCAGGACAGAUUGGCUUUGAGAACUCUGAGACUGUUGCUUAUGAGUUCUUGUCACAGGCUUUCUCCAUUUACGAGGAUGAGAUCAGCGACAGCAAAGCCCAGCUGUCGGCCAUCACUCUCAUCAUUGCCACCCUGGAGCAGAUGUCCUGUUUUGGCGAGGACAAUCAGGAGCCCUUGUUUACCCAGUGUGCCCUGGCGGCCUCUAAACUGCUGAAGAAACCUGACCAGUGUCGUGGGGUUGCUAUCAGCUCACAUCUGUUCUGGUCAGGGAAGUCGCAUGCACGUGGUGCAGAACUGCAUGAUGGCAAGAGAGUCUCUGACUGUCUGAAGAAAGGAGUCAAGAUUGCCAACCAGUGCAUGGACAGCUCGGUACAGGUCCAACUCUUUGUGGAGCUGCUCAAUCAUUAUGUAUAUUUCUUUGAGAAGGGCUGCGAGCAGAUCCCAGUGCAAGUGUUAAACCAAAUUGUAGCUAAAAUCCGUGAGCUUCUGCCAAAUUUAGAAUCAAACGAGGAGACAGAACAGAUCAACAAACACUUCAAGAACACUGUGGAGCAUCUGCAGCACAAGUUGGACAACCCAGAGACGGCCGGACUUUACGAGGGCCUGGUCCUGUAA